AUGAGAAUCCGAGGUCAUAGCGCGGUAGACCUGCGACGCGUCUCUACCAUUUUACAGCCCAUCAUCAUCAACGCGCGACCUCCCACCUUCUUACUCCGAACCCGGCCUUCGCCAUCAGCAUCUCUCAAAGCUCCCUCUCUGCAGUAUGGCGCGCGAUUAUUACAUUCUCAGCCCCCCAGGCGUGCUAGCACAAGCCAAGGAGAAGCCUCCAACCCUGCUAUGGCAUUUCCUUGCCUCGAUGCGAUAGAGAUACGAUCGGCGUCGUUAGAAGCGAAAUCUCUCUCGACGGGGCCGGAACCCGCAUAUACCACCGGAGCCACCGAGAUAUUUCAUUGUGAAGACCCUCUCUCGUUAGACUGGGGAGGGACACUGCCGAAAUUCGAUGUCGCAUACGAAACAUGGGGAAAACUAAACUCAGACAAGUCCAAUGUGAUAUUACUACAUACGGGUCUAUCUGCUUCAUCUCAUGCCCACUCGACCGAGAGCAACCUUCAACCUGGAUGGUGGGAGAAGUUUAUCGGCCCAGGGGCCUGUCUCGACACGGAUAAGUAUUUCGUGAUAUGUACAAAUGUCAUUGGAGGCUGUUUCGGAUCUACCGGGCCAAGUAGCAUUGAUCCUGCUGACGGUCAGAGAUAUGCCACUCGGUUUCCAAUACUUACGAUGGAGGAUAUGGUGAGGGCACAGUUCCGGCUCUUAGAUCAUCUAGGUGUUGAGAAACUAUACGCAAGCGUCGGAUCUAGUAUGGGAGGAAUGCAGUCUCUGGCAGCCGGUGUACUGUUUCCUUCAAGGGUGAGCCGUAUAGUAUCCAUCAGCGGCUGCGCACGAAGCCAUCCCUACAGUGUUGCAAUGCGCCACACGCAGCGGCAAGUGCUCAUGAUGGACCCAAAUUGGAAUCGCGGGUUUUACUAUGGCAAAGUCCCGCCGCACGCCGGGAUGAAGUUAGCCAGGGAGAUCGCUACGGUAACAUAUCGGUCCGGACCCGAGUGGGAGCAACGGUUUGGUCGUAGGAGAGCUGACCCGACAAAACCGCCUGCAUUAUGUCCAGAUUUCUUAAUUGAGACAUAUUUAGACCAUGCGGGCGAGAAGUUUUGUCUGACAUAUGACCCAAACAGCCUCUUAUAUGUCAGCAAGGCCAUGGAUCUGUUUGACUUAGGUCUUGAAAAUCAACAAGCAGCUACCCAACGACGAGCCGAACGUGAGAGGCUUAUUCAGUCUGGAUCAACCUCCGAAGAAAAUGACCGGUAUUGUAGCCUCACAUUACCCGAUAUGCCAUAUUCUGAGCAACCUGGAACGUACGUGGAUGAUUCCAACUCACCCAUACCAGGCGACUCCCGUCCCCCUCAAGAUCUGAUUGAAGGUUUAUCACCGCUGAGGGAUACCCCGACUCUGGUGAUGGGCGUAGCAAGCGACAUCUUAUUUCCCGCUUGGCAGCAACGAGAAGUUGCUAAUGCUAUCCGCCUCACUGGAAAUAGAAACGUAACGCAUGUAGAGCUAAGCGAGGAACAGAGUUUGUUCGGCCACGACACAUUCUUGCUAGAUCUAAAAAAUGUUGGAGGCAAUAUUAAAAACUUCUUAGGGUAG